UGUCUUCCAUCUUAUAGACCGACCAAAUAUUUUUGUGUACAUUGGUGCACUUCCGUUUUAAAUUUUUGUUGAAGAACGACAAGGAAAAAGAUGCUAAAAUGAGUUUUAUGAUUCAAGAUUCACCAACUUCAAGGUAUAACCAACAAAAUCGUCCAGGCAGUGCCAGUAGACGUCCUGGGAGCUCAAUUAAUCCUAUAACAGGAGAAGAAACACCUGCAUACAGACCACCAUCUACUAGACCACAAUCAAGACCACCAACAAGACCAUUCAGUCUACGACCAGAGGGCGUUCCAGAACUUGAUCUGCAUUGCUUUAAAGCUGAGCCAAAGACAGUACUUCCAGAGCAGUAUGAUUAUGUAUUAGAUUCUGGUAGAUCAGGAGUAUCCACAAUUAGUUGGGGAACAGAUACUGAAAGGAGCUAUAGAGAUUACCAGGAAAAUGAUACAGGACGAGGUAACCAAGGUAAACAAGGCAACCAUGGUUACCAAGGCUACCAUGGUAACCAAGCAUCUGCUAGAUCAGCAAGAAAUAAUAUUGAUGAAGACUUCAAGCACCUAAAAUUGAAAACAGAAGAGGAUGUUAAACCAGCAAAGAAAAAGACUUAUGGAGAGAUAAGGAAAGAGGUUGAGGAAGAGGAGGACUACUUAGAUCAGAACUGGUCUAAAAGGAAACCAGCCUCAAAAGCAGAAAUGCUGAAAAAGAUGGAUGCUGAGGAGCUCUUGGAACAUAAUAAGCAACAGAAACUUAUUGAAACAGUUAUGAUUGAUCAACUAUCAAGACCUGUUAUAAGUGAUCCAGACCAAGAUAGCAGAUUAAGUGUACCAGUGUCAGAGAGGCCUCAUAGAGGGAGUCAAAGAAUGUUACAUUCAACAAAAAUGAGAACCAAGAAUACAACAACAGAAAAUAUGUUAUCAAAGAGAGUAAGAUUUGGAGCUAGAAUUUUAUCAAGAAAUGGACAUGAUGCUUUGAGAGAACUUACUGGAUUUUUCUUUCAUUUUGACAAUACACUUACCAUUUAUGAAUUCAGGCAGUUUGGUAAAAGUGCGAAAGCUUUGCCAUUUGUCACAAGAGGAAGAUACGGUCACAUACAGGGACCUAGAGAAGAUGAUCCAUAUAAUUUAACAGAUAUAUUUUCUGGGAAUGAAAUUAUAAUUGAAACAAGAGGACAACAUUCUCUGCCAGAUACAGUAAAGAAAAGAGACAGGGUUUAUUUCAAAAUAACAGAUGUUGAUGAGGAAGAAAAACAAAUUCUUUUACAAGAAGAGACAUACAGAUCUCAAAAUAAACAAGAAAUGAUAAAUAGAAGAAUUUUAGAUGGCGUUCAAGAGGAAGUGAGAGAAAGAUUGAAGAAGAGAGGAAUAAAAACCGUGACUGGUUUAGGGAGAUACUACAGAAAACUGGAUAAAACUGGUUCUGGAGUACUGUACAAGUUUGAAUUGGAGAAAGGGAUGUUUACAUUCCAUAUAGAGCUUCCUCCUCAGGAUUUAGACCAAACUUUUGAUGUGCUAGACCCUGACGAGACAGGAGAAUUAGAUUAUAGUAUCUACAUGAGAGGUGUUAUAGGCCAAAUGGUUGAAUCUCGUAAAAAUCUAGUCAGAAAGGCUUUUAGAAAAAUAGAUUCACAGAAAAGAGGAGUAAUAACUGUUAGUGAGAUCAAGAAAUAUUUCAAUGCUAGUUUUCAGCCUCCUUAUAAACAAGGUGCUACCCCUGGUGUUAGUAGUUUGAAGGCUUUUUUGGAAGCAAUAACAUCCUCUCCAAACCAGGAAGAAAUAACCUAUGUAGAAUUUGAAGAAUAUUAUGAAGGACUUAGUAUCAGUGUAGAUGACAAUAAUGAAUUUGCUAAUAUACUACACAAUACAUGGAAUAUAUGAUUACAGUUAGUUUAACAUUUUGAAAUGAGCCAUCAACAUUAUAUGAAUACUUUUUGUUUUUUGGGUUUUAUUUUAAUUAUUAAUAUUUCAUGAAAGGAAGUUGAAAUAUAACCAAGAUUAUUUACAUUUGUAGAUGAGUUAUAUGUAAACAAAAUUCUUUUUCUUUUCAUUUGUAAUUAUAACAAAUAAAUUUACAAAAGAUAGAAUUUUUAAUCAAAUAAAAAUCAAGAAUCUCACUUUAUUAAUCCCAGAUAAAAUAAGAUGAAUUGUAUUCAGAGAUAUUCCAUUAAAAUAUAUAUGGGAGGGUAGGAAGGGAAUUUCAAAUUAUCCCUUAUAUCAAAAAAAUAUCUUUGAGAUAAUUUUGAAUAAUGGUAAUAGACACUAACUGAAUAAGACCCCUGACCCACAUUCACUAAUUAAACUUUCCUUCCUAACCUCCCACAUACAUUUUAAUGGAAUAGUCUUUAUUGCCUAUCUCUUCAGGUGUAACAUUUUGGUUUUUGAGCAUAAUCUUUCGAACAUAAAUUUUAUUUUAUCUGAAAAUUUGUUGUUAACCAUUUCCCAUGGGGGAAUGAGAAACCACAGUUGGUUUCAAAUGAUAUUUUUUUUAAUAUUAUAUAUCCGUCCUGUUCCAGGUUUUUAUUGAUAAUGCCUCUUUAAGGAGGGAAUAUCUCUGUAGAUUUGAGGUCACUAUGUCAUAGGUAAUUACAGUCAUUUUGAAGCUAUUAAUAGACUGGAAACAUAUCAUACAAUCUUAACUUGGCCCAAACUUAUAUCUUUAUCGCCCCCUGUAUGAUAUUUUGCUUCUGAGUGUAACACCUUUUGGCAGGGUGUCAUAUAUAUUUAUGUAUUUUCUAAUUAUCAGUCACCUUCAUUGUAAACGUUAAAAUCAAAUUUCUAUGAAUGGUUGCAAAUGAUAUUUAAGUCAUGCUUUCAAAACAAAUACACUUUUAUAUUGCAAUUCAUUUUAGAGAAAUGAAUAAAAAUGAGAAACAUUGUCAGCAAUAUUUUGAGAAAAAAAAUGAUUGUCGUUCAUUAAUUUCAUUGACACAAUGGUGAUUUUUCUUUUUUUGACAAAAUAUUUUUUCUACAUAGCUAUUUAUUGCACAAGCUUUUUGACAUAUUUUACAUUCCAUUAUAAUUAUUAUGCUAUUAGUAAAAUAAAUAUCAAAUUAUUAGCACUGUGAUAAAAUGUUGAACAUUGAUAUUUAUUUAUUGUCAUUCUUUUAGUCAAUAUUACUGUGUAUUUAAGUAUUUCUCAAGGUUUGAGAAUUUAAAUACACAGGAAUCGGUGUUUAUUCUUAUGAAAAAUUCUAUACAAAAUUAUAUGCAAGUAUCUUGAAUUAUUUUGUAAAGAUACAAAAUAACUGUGUAUGUUUUAUAAUAGCUAUAUUCUUUAAUUCUAUAAUUUCUGGAUUUUUUUACCAAAUGGCAGCAAAUAUGUAUAAUGUAAAAUGAGUUGAACUCCACUGAUUUAUAACUUUUCCAUAUAUGAUAUAUUUAAAUUCAGAAAUUAUUGUGAGGUUAAUUAUAAAGGUGAAUAAUGCAACUUCUUGGGUAUCCCAAUAACAAGAACUCACAUUCCUAUAUAUCAAAUACAAACAUUAGACCGUUGGUUUUCCCGUUUGAAUAGUUUUACACGAGUAAUUUUGGGACCAAUUAUAGCUUGUUGUUCAGUGUGAGCCAAGGCUCUGUGUUGAAGGCCGUACAUUGACCAUUGUUUAAACUUUUUUAAAUUGUUAUUUGGAUGGAGAGUUGUCUCAUUGGCACUCACACCACAUCUUCCUAUAUCUAUGUGUAUGUAGCUUUUCUAAAAUUCCCAAUAAUUAAACUUGUUUGUUCAUUUUUCAAAAAUCGAAAUAUUUAAUACAUGCAGUAAUUUUGAAUUAACAGUAGUAGACAAAGUUCACAAAUGUGUUAAACAAAAAUAACAGUAUUUUUUGUUGUGUUUAUUUAUUCAAUUUCCAUUUUACAUAUUUAGAUAUAUAUAUCUUUAUUCUCGUAAACCAAAGUACAAUGGUACAGAGACAUAUACAAAUAAAUUAACACCGUAUAAAUUUCAAAUACAGAUGCGUGUUGAUUUCCUCACCAUGAAUUUUCCGGUUUCCAAUUCAUAGAAAUGCUCAUACUUACAGCACACGCCUAAUAUGGGUGAACUCAUUUUCUUGCAUAUGAAUUGAGACAAAAUGUCAAUAUUGAAAUUAGUUUUGCUUAUGUUAACUCAUGUCGUUGUGAAUAAAGAAGUUUGUAAGUUAUAUAGAUUGAAUUGACCAAUUACAAGACAAGAUGUAAACACAUAUAUACAGUUGAUGCUGUAAAAAGAAAUCCAUUUUUAAACUACAGUCUGUUUAGGACUAGAUUUGUAUACAUUUAAUUGUGAUGAAGUAAUAUAUAUAUAUACCUCUUGUGAUUUUCUAUUGAUGUAGUUAAUGUUUUAUGCUCCUUAUUUUCUGUUUUGUUUGUUUUACAUUCCGUCCAAUGUGGACCAUUGAUUAAAAAAUGUAAAUGUUAAUAACAGGAUGUUAACACACAAGCCAUCAUUAGUAAAACCCUGCAUAUGUAUGUUUUUGUGCAACUGGUAAAAUCUUUUAGAGUAUCUAACUAUUGAAAUGAAAAAGAAAUCAGAUGUUAACUUCUUUUUUUAUUCGAAUAUAAAAUGCAUUUUCGGGGUUUUAAUCUGUAAAUAUGAGAAAAGUGGGUAUAUAAGUUUGUGAUCUCUAUAUCCAGCAUUUAUUAUGUAAAAGAAUUAAAUCAAUAAUUAAAAGGUAAGAAAAAAAUGGGUAAUGAGAAAUGUCUUUAAUUUCUUUCUUCAAAAUCAAAAGAACAGUUAAGUUUACAAUACGGUAAACCAACUAAUUUUUGCGAGCAAUUUGCAAGUUUCACAAGUGGAAAAAUAACACUUGAAUUAUAAAUCGUAGCAAAUAUGUAAAACUUGGAUUUUCCCUAUUUUAUUACAUCAAGUAAAUUUCAGAAUUGCAAAAUCAGAUCUCCUGAAAAUCGACUAGAAAGGGCUUAACUUUGAAUAAAGUAUCCGCGAAAAUAAGUUGGUAAACGGUUAACACUAUACAGUAAAAUGAAAUUAGAUGUAGCAGAAUGUUGUUAGCUAUUGUUCUAGAAUCUGACUUUUCAUGUUUUAUAUAUUUAUUUUACAUGUGUUACAAAUUAAAUAUAACUAAUUUA